UGCCAGCAAAUAUUGUGCUUUUUAAUCAAACUCUGAAGCUUCAGAUAUUUUUAAGUUAUGUGAGGAAGACACGAGGAGGACAUCUGUGCUGCAGGAAAAGAGCUUGUGGUUUAGAUUUAGAAAUUCUGGCCAUGAACAAUACAGACAAAGAAGCAAAGCUUGAAGAUGAAGAUAUAUCAUCAGAAAUCAUGAGAAGACGAUUUGUGCCAAAUGUUUUCAAAAGCACAUCGUGGGAGAUCUUUCAUUUUGCUGGAUGUGAAAUCAAAAUCACAGAGACCAUCGACUGCUAUGGUGCAUAUGUGUGGCCUUCAGCCAUGGUGUUGUGCUAUUAUCUGGAACACAGCCCAAAGGAGAUCAUUGAUAAAAAUGUAAUUGAAAUAGGAUCAGGAACAGGACUGGUGUCAAUUGUUGCUUCUGUACUCGGCUCCAAAGUAACAGCAACAGAUCUACCACAUUUACUGAACAACUUGCAAUAUAAUAUAUCUCAAAAUACAAAAAUGAGGAGCAAAUAUCUGCCGCAAGUCAGAGAACUUCAAUGGGGAAUAGAUUUGGACAAAACUUUCCCCAGAGGUACUUGUCAUUAUAAUUAUAUAUUGGCAGCUGAUGUUGUAUACAGUCACCCAUACCUGAAUGAACUUUUAAUGACUUUUGAUCAUUUAUGUCAGGAUGAUACUGUUAUUUUAUGGGCAAUGAAGUUUAGGCUCGAAAAGGAAAAUGCCUUUGUGGAAAGAUUUCAGCACAUAUUUGAUACAGAAGUUAUAUAUGAUCUGCCAAGUUUACAGAUAAAAUUGUAUAAAGCAACACGAAAAAAUAUAGGGAUUGGAAAGGAAACAUGAGAGCUAACUGCUCAUACCUCAAAGCAAUAGUUCUCCUUAUGGUAAAAAGUUAAAUUUAACUCCCCUGAAACCAAACUUACAAAAUGAUACGUGAUUUGCUUCCAGCAAACUUUGUACCGUUAGUACAGCCAAGAGUUUCUCAGCCAAGAAGGCUUCUUGGGUAAGUGUAGUUAUAAGCAAACAUGUGUAAAGGUCUAAUAUUUUUUUUUAAUUGUUUGCAGUUAAGAUUUGUGGCAUUAAGAGAUUAGCUUGGGAACAAAUGCUGUUAGUUGAUAUGUCUCUUGCAUGGCUCACAAUUGCAAAGCGCCUGUAUUUAUGAUAUUGGACUGGAAAAACAUUCACUUCUCAGCGAUUGAGCAUUCCGGAAUGGCAAGCAGGCAAACGACUGUUCCACAACAUGAUAGACUUUGCUCCUGUUUCUGCAAUAGAUAACGGUUAACCUACUGUAAAUAUUUAUCUUGAAACUAACAGCUCUGCACUCUACAUUUAUUGUUUGAUGUUUUCUAAAUUAUAUAGCUCUUUUGAAAGUGAUCAUUGGCAAAAUGAAAUAAAAAUAAAAAUUCAGAUUAUUUUGUGUAUUUUAAUGGCAAAUAAGCCUUUUGCAAUGUGUUAACACCUAAUUAAUUUAGCUAUAAAUGAAUGUUUAAAUAAUAUAUUAGAUUGGCAAAAAUAGCUUUGCAAUUAAUCAUUCACAUAUAACUGCCAUGUGGAACCUGAAUGAAGCAAUGGACAGUAGAAGUUUUAAGCAGCUGCCACUGGAGAGAAUAUUCCUCUAUAGGAAGAUGACACCAGAAAAUAUGCUGAUAUGUAGCAAAGAAAUUCAACGAUAAAAUUAAUAUUUGUGAUAUGCAAUUGCUAUUUAUUGUAAUAUAAAUGUGUAUGUCAUGUAAUUUUCAAAAGUAUUUAUUUAAUAACUACUGAACAUUAAACAAUCUCUGUUAAUAUUUAUCAUCAUAGCAUUUAUUUUUGCUGGACUUUAUUGGUAAUAAUGGUGGGGUUUUUUUGUAAAGAGUUUAUUUUACUUAACCUUUUUGUGGUCCAAAAAGGAUUAUUAACAAUAAAUGAUUUGAAAUGG